UAAGCUAAAAUUCAUUUUUCUCUUUUGUAGUGGGGACUUCAAAAGUUUCAGGAAUACAGCUAUCUUAUCCAAGUAGAUUGAGACGUCAUAGUCACGGAGGGGGGCGUGCUUGGAUGAACCUUUUUGAUCGAUUCGCAAGGGUUGUCAAGUCAUAUGCAAAUGCGGUAAUAAGCUCCUUUGAAGACCCAGAAAAGAUUCUGGAACAAACUGUGAUCGAGAUGACUGAUGAUUUGGUCAAGAUGCGUCAAGCUACUGCCCAAGUUUUGGCUUCACAGAAGCAAUUGGACAACAGAUACAAAGCUGCACAACAAGCUUCUGAAGAGUGGUAUCAUAAAGCACAACUUGCUCUUGGAAAAGUUGAAGAGGAUCUUGCUCGUGAAGCUCUUAAACGUAGAAAAUCUUAUGCUGAUAAUGCAAAUUCUUUAAAGGCUCAACUUGAUCAGCAGAAGGGUGUAGUUGAUAACCUUGUCUCAAAUACACGGCUUUUAGAAAGCAAAAUACAGGAAGCUAAGUCUAAAAAAGAUACUCUAAAAGCACGAGCUCAGUCUGCUAAGACUGCAACCAAAGUAAGUGAAAUGUUGGGGAGUGUAAACACAAGCAGUGCUUUGUCAGUUUUUGAAAAGAUGGAGGAAAAAGUUUUGGCAAUGGAAUCUCAGGCAGAUGCACUUAAUCAGCUGGCUGGUGAUGAACUUGAAGGAAAGUUUGCAUUGUUAGAGAGUUCUUCGGUUGAUGAUGACCUCGACAACUUAAAGAAAGAAUUAUCAGGAAGCACAAAGAAGGGAGAGCUUCCACAGGGGAGAACUCGUGUGCCAAGCACAAACUCAGCAUUAAAGUUUCAAGAUCCUGAAAUCGAAAACGAGCUGAAUGAACUGAGGCAAAAAGAAAAAGAAUAAUAGUAGGGAUUCUUGACUCGGAAAUCUGGUUUUCUACAUGAGAAGGUUUAUGCAUUUUAGAGGCGACCUCGGAUUUCAGAAUAAAAGGCAAAAUAGAAUUUGUCUACUAUGUGUACAUUGUAACAAAUACAAUUUCAGUAUUAAAAGUUUGUAGAAAUACGAGCUUCUGAUGAUUAGAGAGAAGUUUUCCUUCCAACUUCUUUUGUACAAAUUCGAUUCGCUCCAUGGACAAAUAAUUCUAUCUGAUGUAUCAGAUUUUCAAAGUUAAGUCGUCAUCUCCAGUCUUUACCCCUUUUUA